AUGAUCGAUGAGAUGAACGACAAGGAGCGCCGAAAGCUCAAUGUUGUCGUGCACAAUCUACAGGAACCAGAAGGAUUGUCGUUCUCUGAGAAGGCUGAACAGGACAGUAGCAGAUUCAAGGAAAUAAUAAAGGAGGGUCUGAAGCUCAUGGUGGAGACUACAAAAACAUUCAGAGUCGGCAAACUGACUGAUGAUGAAAUGGAGAGAAGUGGUCGAAGGAAACUAACAAUUCUGUACACAAACAUUGACCAAUACUUAAACAAGAGGGAGGACCUGGCCAUGUUCAUUUCAAACAACGAGCCUGAUCUGAUACUUUUGUGUGAGGUCAUCCCAAAAGCCCAGAGCCAUCCAAUGCACCCUGCAACCAUGGCCCUUCCAAACUAUACCAUGUUCCUGAACUUUGACCCUGUCAAGGAUAAACUGGGACAGGGGGGCGCUCGAGGCAUCUGCAUAUUUAUCAGUGCAAAGUGGCAGGCUACAGAGGUGUCUUUCCCAGCCUGCUCUUAUGAAGAACAGCUGUGGGUCAAGCUACCUUUGCUAGGUGCUGACCAGCUGCUCAUAGGAUGUCUGUACAGAAGCCCAUCCAGUGACGGAAACACCUCAACUGACAACCUAAUAUCUCUGCUGAAAACUGUUGUUUCCCAAAAGUUCUCCCACAUAGUGAUUACGGGUGAUGUGAAUAUGCCCCAGAUCGACUGGAACGAUCACUUCUCCCACGCUCCUGAUGGUCACUACACCAAAAGGUUUGUUGAGGGCGUACAGGAAUGCGGCCUCACCCAGCACGUAACCAAAGCCACAAGAUACCGUGCUGGCGAGAGAUCAAGCAGCCUGGAUAUCAUCCUCUCCAACGAAGAAGGCCUGGUGACCAACCUUGCUUAUCACCCACCUAUUGGCAACAGUGACCACAUGUUACUACAAUUUGAGGUGUGCUGCUACAUGCAGCCUGAGGUAGUGAAGGAGGGACGACUCAACUUAAACAAGGGCAACUAUCUACGGCUUAACAACCUGAUCAGACGGAGACAGUGGCGUGAUGAAAUGCAUAUGGAUAUGCAAGAACGCUACGACACCUUCAAGACCGAGUUAGCCCACCUGGUGAACGCAUGCGUCCCCAAAGCGUGUCCAAGGAAAAACAGAAGCAUCUACAUAAACAGGGAAGCCUUGAGGCUAAAGAACAGGAAAAAGAAGCUCUGGGCCGCUUACACUCGAGAAAUGGACGACAUCAGUCAUGCAAGGUACGUUCGCUGCAAAAACGACCUCAGGCGACUCCAGUGUCCUGAAAUUGAUUUUUCGGGGAGUGGUUCAGUCCUUGCUCCACUGCUCUUCACGCUGUACGUGAACGACCUGCCGGAGCCGCUACGCUGCGUGUUAGCGAGCAAAUAG